CAUUAACAAUAAACUGCAACAGCCAGAAGCAGCUGCUGGGGUGCUGGAAUAUGCCAUGAAGCACUUUGGGGAGCUGGAAAUUCAGGCUACCUGGUAUGAAAAGCUCCAUGAGUGGGAAGAUGCCCUGGUGGCCUAUGACAAGAAGAUGGACACAAACAAAGAUGAUCCCGAGCUGAUGCUGGGACGGAUGCGCUGCUUGGAAGCACUGGGGGAAUGGGGACAGCUGCACCAGCAAUGCUGUGAGAAGUGGACACAGGUCAAUGAUGAGACUCAAGCCAAGAUGGCCAGGAUGGCUGCUGCUGCUGCCUGGGGCCUGGGUCAGUGGGAUAGCAUGGAAGAGUAUACCUGCAUGAUCCCAAGGGACACCCACGAUGGUGCUUUCUACAGGGCUGUACUGGCUCUUCAUCAGGACCUCUUCUCACUGGCUCAGCAAUGCAUUGACAAAGCCAGAGACCUGCUAGAUGCUGAGCUGACUGCCAUGGCAGGAGAGAGCUACAGUAGAGCUUAUGGGGCUAUGGUGUCCUGCCAGAUGCUGUCAGAGCUGGAAGAGGUUAUCCAGUACAAACUUGUACCAGAGCGCCGUGAGAUCAUCCGCCAGAUCUGGUGGGAAAGGCUGCAGGGCUGUCAGCGAAUCGUGGAAGACUGGCAAAGGAUACUGAUGGUCAGAUCUCUCGUUGUGAAUCCCCACGAGGACAUGAGAACUUGGCUCAAAUAUGCCAGUCUGUGUGGCAAGAGUGGGAGGCUGGCUUUGGCCCAUAAGACCCUUGUCCUGCUCUUGGGAGUAGACCCAUCUCGACAGCUGGAUCACCCUCUGCCAACAGUUCAUCCCCAAGUGACUUAUGCAUACAUGAAGCACAUGUGGAAGAGUGCCCGUAAGAUCGACGCGUUCCAGCACAUGCAGCACUUUGUGCAGACCAUGCAGCAGCAAGCCCAACACGCCAUCGCCACCGAGGACCAGCAGCACAAGCAGGAGCUCCACAAGCUCAUGGCACGGUGUUUCCUGAAGCUGGGUGAGUGGCAGCUGAACCUGCAAGGCAUCAACGAGAGCACCAUCCCCAAAGUGCUGCAGUACUACAGUGCUGCCACAGAGCAUGAUCGCAACUGGUACAAGGCCUGGCAUGCUUGGGCAGUGAUGAACUUUGAAGCAGUGCUUCACUACAAACACCAAAACCAGGCCAGAGAUGAGAAGAAGAAGCUGCGUCACGCCAGCGGAGCCAGCAUCACCAGUGCCAACACCGAGGGCAGCAACAGCGAGAGCGAUGCAGAGAGCACGGAGAACAGCCCCAUCCCAUCCCCAGUGCAGAAGAAAGUCACUGAGGAUUUAUCCAAGACCCUCUUGAUGUACACAGUCCCUGCUGUCCAGGGUUUCUUCCGGUCCAUCUCUCUGUCUCGAGGAAACAACCUCCAAGACACUCUGAGAGUCCUUACUCUGUGGUUUGACUAUGGUCACUGGCCUGAUGUGAAUGAGGCUUUGGUAGAAGGAGUCAAGGCAAUCCAAAUAGACACUUGGCUGCAGGUUAUCCCUCAGCUCAUUGCCAGGAUUGACACCCCUCGGCCUCUGGUAGGACGUCUCAUUCAUCAGCUCCUCACAGACAUUGGUCGGUACCACCCCCAGGCUUUGAUCUAUCCUUUGACUGUGGCCUCUAAAUCUACAACCACUGCUCGGCACAAUGCUGCCAAUAAGAUCCUGAAAAACAUGUGUGAGCACAGCAACACUCUGGUGCAGCAGGCAAUGAUGGUGAGUGAAGAGCUAAUUCGUGUGGCCAUCCUGUGGCAUGAGAUGUGGCACGAAGGGCUGGAAGAAGCAUCUCGUCUGUAUUUUGGAGAAAGAAACGUGAAGGGAAUGUUUGAGGUGCUGGAACCACUUCAUGCAAUGAUGGAGCGUGGGCCUCAGACUUUAAAGGAGACAUCCUUCAAUCAGGCCUAUGGCAGAGAUCUAAUGGAAGCUCAGGAGUGGUGCAGGAAGUACAUGAAAUCAGGAAAUGUCAAAGACCUAACUCAGGCUUGGGAUCUCUAUUACCAUGUGUUCCGGCGCAUCUCGAAGCAGCUGCCUCAGCUCACUUCCUUGGAACUACAGUAUGUGUCACCAAAACUCCUGAUGUGCCGGGACCUGGAGUUGGCAGUGCCAGGGACGUACGAUCCCAACCAGCCCAUCAUACGGAUUCAGUCCAUCGCGCCCUCCCUGCAGGUCAUCACCUCCAAGCAGAGGCCCAGGAAGUUGACACUAAUGGGAAGCAAUGGGCAUGAGUUUGUAUUCCUUCUGAAAGGUCAUGAAGACCUUCGCCAAGAUGAAAGAGUGAUGCAGCUUUUUGGAUUGGUCAACACACUUCUGGCAAAUGACCCAACUUCCCUUCGUAAAAACCUCAGCAUCCAGAGAUAUGCUGUAAUUCCACUGUCUACGAAUUCAGGCCUGAUUGGUUGGGUGCCCCACUGUGACACGCUGCACGCACUCAUCCGAGACUACAGGGAGAAGAAGAAGAUCCUCCUCAACAUCGAACAUCGCAUCAUGCUGAGGAUGGCUCCAGAUUAUGACCACCUGACUCUGAUGCAGAAGGUAGAAGUGUUUGAACAUGCUGUCAAUAACACAGCUGGGGAUGACCUUGCCAAACUGCUAUGGCUGAAAAGUCCAAGCUCAGAGGUGUGGUUUGACAGAAGAACCAACUACACUCGUUCCCUAGCUGUGAUGUCGAUGGUUGGGUACAUUCUGGGCCUUGGGGACAGACAUCCCUCCAACCUGAUGCUGGACAGGCUGAGUGGAAAGAUCCUGCAUAUCGACUUCGGGGACUGUUUUGAGGUUGCAAUGACAAGAGAAAAGUUCCCUGAGAAGAUUCCCUUUAGGUUAACAAGGAUGCUGACAAAUGCUAUGGAGGUGACAGGCCUGGAUGGCAACUACAGAAUCACCUGUCACACGGUGAUGGAGGUGCUGCGUGAACACAAGGACAGUGUCAUGGCUGUGCUGGAAGCCUUUGUCUAUGAUCCCUUAUUGAACUGGAGGCUGAUGGACACAAACACGAAGGGCAAUAAGCGCUCACGAACGAGGACAGACUCCUACUCAGCCAGUCAGUCAGUAGAAAUGUUGGACAGUGUGGAAUUGGGUGAGACAGCCCAUAAAAAAACUGGGACCACAGUGCCUGAAUCCAUCCAUUCCUUCAUAGGAGAUGGUCUGGUGAAACCAGAAGCUCUAAACAAGAAGGCAAUUCAGAUCAUCAACAGGGUUCGAGAUAAGCUCACUGGCCGAGACUUCUCUCACGACGAAACCCUGGAUGUCCCCACACAAGUAGAAUUGCUCAUCAAGCAAGCGACUUCUCACGAGAACCUGUGCCAGUGCUACAUUGGAUGGUGUCCUUUCUGGUAACAGAAGAUUCCAAAGUAUCCACAGCCUUUUAUUCUGGAGGCUUUUGCACUCCAAACCUGCUCUUCUCCAGACACAAACUGAACGUCGGACUGAAAUAUACAGCCUUUGUCAAAUAUUUUGAGAUGUAAAUGAAAAGAGUUAUUGUAUAUUAAAAGUUGGUUUAAGCCAAUGUAUAGCUGCUGUUGGAGAAACAAAACACACAAACUGUUUGAAACACAACACUUGAUUUGGGUUUCCAGGACAGUGAAGACUGAUUGUACCACAGAUGUCCUUGGUUCCACUUGGUCUUUGGGGAACUGGUGAUCCAUUGGAAAUAACUAUAUACGGGUUUUGACUUACUUUGCAAUGUAACUGAGGCACUUGCAGAUGAAUUACUGCCUGGUCAUUCCUGUUGAUGUGGCUGCAGUGAGCUCAAUGUGCUGUCAGGAGGCUUCACAGAGGUUUGGGGGUGAGCUGGAUAACUGGAAAGACAGACAAGCAGAAUUUUACCAUUGUUUCAUCCUGUACCUUGUUUUCAAACUUGAUUCUUGCCCCAAAAUUGGAAACUGUCUAUCUGCUCAUCAAACUAGUGCAGGAGUUGUGUUCCCAACCAGGAUCUCGGAGCACAUCUGACAUUGGAAGACCUUGAGCUGAGCCAAGUCUGGUGCCUCUGUGCAGAGUGAUGCAUGGCAAACUGACUGCAGGGUACAAAUAAAUACCACUUGGGAGCUUCCCACAGUGUUGGGGCUAAAAAAAAGAAGUGUUGGGAUAUAACUAGGGGAAGUUAGGGCUUGGCAUAGGAGGCAGAAGGGGGGGAGAACUGGUCAUAACUUGAAACAGAAAAUAAUGGUAAUUAAACUUGAGGGUGAAGAUAAAGUUAUGAUUUAUGAGUUAAACAUAUUAAAAACAAUGCACAAAAUACAACAGAGUAGCCAUGUUUAGAUGCCAUGUUGUAUUUGAAUAUUUUUGUGCCAAUAAAUUACACCAAAAUGUAAACA